GCCAUUUCCGGCCUCCGGGAGCCAAUAAGAGUGAGGCCGCGGGUGCUCCCCUCGCGGUGUCCCCCCUCGCUGGCUUUCCGGCCCCGGGUCGUCUCCGGGAGGGCUUGGACCCGUUGGCCCCGAGGACGUGCAACCAUGCAGCUGAUACUACUAACUUCAUUGAAAGGAAAAAGGAGUUUCAGAAAGUCAAAGUAAUGAUCUUGAAAACAACAAGGGAGGUGUCAGUUUUCCGCUUAGAACAGCAACUUCAAAUUCUUAGCAUGGAAAGUUCAGAGAAGACAGACGUGGUUCUCCUUGCGUGUGGCUCCUUUAAUCCUAUCACCAACAUGCACCUCAGGUUGUUCGAGCUGGCCAAGGACUACAUGAACGGAACAGGGAAAUAUAGAGUUAUCAAAGGCAUAAUUUCUCCCGUCGGUGAUGCGUACAAGAAGAAAGGACUCAUCUCUGCCCAUCACCGAGUUAUCAUGGCAGAACUUGCCACCAAGAAUUCAGAAUGGGUGGAAGUCGACACAUGGGAAAGUCUUCAGAAGGACUGGGUAGAGACUGCUAAGGUGCUAAGACACCAUCAACAGAAACUGAAGGCUCAUAUCUGUGAUCACCAGCAGGACUCACCUGGGCUGGAAAGGCCUGGACGGAAGAGGAAGUGGGCUGAACAGAGUGAAGAAUUUAAUCAAAAGAAAUGCCCAGAGCCCAAAACAAAAGAUGGGCCAAAGAUAAAAUUGCUGUGUGGGGCAGAUAUACUGGAGUCCUUCGGUGUUCCCAACCUGUGGAAGAGUGAGGACAUCACCAAAAUCGUGGGCGACUACGGGCUCAUCUGUGUUGCGCGGGCUGGAAACGAUGCUCAGAAAUUCAUCUAUGAGUCCGACGUGCUGUGGAAACACCAGAACAACAUUCACCUGGUGAACGAAUGGAUCACCAACGACAUCUCAUCCACGAAAAUCCGGCGAGCCCUCCGAAGGGGACAGAGCAUUCGCUACCUGGUACCCGACCUCGUCCGGGAAUACAUAGAAAAGCACAAUUUGUAUAACUCUGAGAGCGAAGAGAGGAACGUCGGCGUUAUCCUGGCUCCUCUGCAGAGAAACGCUGCGAACACUAACUCAUGAGAAAUCCUACAGCAUGAAAUUUUGGAAUUCCUUUUCAGAAAUUUGAAACAAUCUGCGUCUUAGUAACUGGGGAAAGGAAUUGUGAUCCUGUUGCAUACACUAAAGCUUAAAGGUUUGGUAAAAAUCAAUAGCACAUUUAAAUCAGGCUAAUUUUUUUCUUUUUAUAAGAAGUUGCUAAUAGGAAUAUGUUCAAUAUUAUGGGUUUUUUGGAAUGUACAGAUCUCUUUAUUUUUAAAACAUGAGACUAGCAGCACUAAAACCAGAAGAAUAUUUAAUCAACCUAACUACAAAUGACAUCCCAGCUUUACCACAUAAGAGAAGCAAA